GCUUUGAGUGACUGACGACCACCUCAGUAUCGUUGUAUACGCCUCAACGUCACCUGUAUUCCUUGCAUUCGCCGCUCGUACAGUUUUUUCUGCGCCGGCGAACGAUUCGAAAGGACAACUGUAGGAUUCUGGACCAUGAGCACAGACUACGACGCGCAGGGGUAUGACCCCUACGGUGCAGUUGGCGACACGAAAUACGCCGAUGGGUCAAAUUAUCAGCCAUACGCAGAUGUGAGAAUGGGGGUCGACAGUGCAGAUGGGUUGCAGACAGAGGAGGGCUACGAGGGAAUACCAGAAGGGCCGCUCAGUCAAGAGGACUGUUGGCAGAUCAUCACGUCCUUCUUUGAGGAAAAGGGUCUCGUGCGGCAACAGCUUGAUUCAUUUGAUGAAUUUGUCCAGAACUCGAUGCAAGAGGUCGUCGAUGAGAGUGGCGAGUUGAUCCUAGACCAAGCCAACCAGCACUCCGGACGAGAGCUGGAUGAGACGAAACGCUAUGAGCUGUCGUUCGGCCAAAUCUACCUGUCACGUCCAAGCACAAUGGAGCCGGACGGUUCGAAUUUACCGAUAUUUCCGCAGGAGGCCCGCCUGCGCAAUCUCACAUACUCCGCUCCCCUGUACAUCGAUGUGAAAAAACGUGUCUUAAGUGGUCGUGAAAAUCCGGAAGAUGUGAACGGCGAGAUGAUUUGGGAAUCCCAGAAUACAGACGCGGACAAGGAAAUACACAAGAUUUGGGUGGGCAAGGUACCCGUGAUGCUACGAUCUACUUUCUGCAUUCUUUCUGGGCUGAGUGAUGGUGAUCUAUACGAUCUUAAUGAAUGCCCUUACGACCAGGGUGGCUACUUCAUCAUAAACGGUUCCGAAAAGGUCUUGAUUGCGCAAGAGCGUAUGGCGGCGAACCAUGUCUAUGUUUUCGCAAAAGCACAACCGUCGCCCAUCUCCCAUCUGGCAGAAAUCCGAAGCCAGGUUGAGAAGGGUGGCAAGCAGAUUAGCUUGCUGCAAAUCAAAAUGACACACCGGAAUCUAGAGAAAAGCACUGGAUCGCUCAUGCGCGCCCAACUGCCCUAUAUCCGGAAUGACAUCCCCGUUGUUGUUGUCUUCCGCGCGCUCGGUAUCGUCCCAGAUCGUGAUGUGCUAGAGCACAUUUGCUAUGAUCCCGAAGAUCACGCGAUGCUUGAGAUGCUGAAACCUUGCAUUGAAGAAGCAUUCGUCAUUCAGGAUCGCGAGGUCGCACUGGAUUACAUCGGUCGUCGUGGUACCACCACCGGCCUGUCUCGGGACAAACGUCUCCGCUAUGCUCAGGAGAUUCUCCAAAAGGAGAUGCUACCGCACAUCUCAACGCAGGAGGGCGCCGAGUCGAAAAAAGCGUAUUUCUUUGGAUACAUGGUCCACCGUCUCGUUCUUGCAGCGCUUGAUCGUCGUGAGCUCGAUGAUCGUGACCAUUUCGGCAAGAAACGUCUUGACCUCGCCGGCCCGUUGCUUGCAACCUUGUUCAGGAUGCUGUUCCGGAGAUUGACGAAAGAUGUAUACAGAUACAUGCAGAAAUGUGUCGAGACUCACCGUGAAUUCAAUAUCAACGCCGCCGUGAAACCAGCGACUAUCACCAACGGCCUGAAGUAUUCCCUGGCCACCGGUAACUGGGGCGACCAGAAGAAGUUCAUGCAGGCAAAGGCUGGUGUGUCGCAAGUGCUUAACCGUUAUACCUUCGCGUCCACUCUCUCCCAUCUGCGGAGAACGAAUACUCCUAUCGGUCGUGAUGGCAAGAUUGCUCGUCCACGACAGCUGCACAACACCCAUUGGGGCAUGGUAUGUCCCGCCGAAACACCCGAAGGCCAAGCAUGCGGCCUGGUUAAAAAUCUUGCUCUCAUGGCUUGUAUCUCCGUUGGCUCGCUUUCUCAACCCGUGGUCGAGUUCCUGGAGGAAUGGGGCCUCGAGCCCCUCGGCGAUCAAACAAAUGAGACAAUAACAGCAACCAAAGUGUUCGUCAAUGGUGUAUGGAUGGGCAUUCAUCGCAAUCCCCAACAUCUCGUUGAAACUGUGCGGACUUUACGGCGCAGCGACGGUAUCAGUUCCGAAAUAUCUGUCGUGCGCGACAUCCGCGAACGAGAACUUCGGCUUUACACUGACGCUGGCCGUGUGUGCCGACCACUCUUCAUCGUUAACGAAGGGACGCAAGACUUGGUUAUAGGGAAGAAAGAAAUCAAUUGCCUACAGAACCGAGUGGAUGAUGAAGGUCAACCGUACGGGUGGUCACAACUGGUCUCCAGUGGCAUGGUCGAAUUGCUCGAUGCGGAGGAAGAAGAAACAGUCAUGAUAGCAAUGACACCUGAGGAUCUCGAGGCCAGCAAGACUAAACGUGGUACUGGUUAUAUCAGCAAUGAGCCGCAAAAUGCGGCUGUGCGCAUUAAAUCCAUAGUACACCACGAGCAUUGGACGCACUGCGAGAUCCACCCUAGUAUGAUUCUUGGUAUUUGCGCUUCUAUCAUUCCCUUCCCAGAUCACAAUCAGUCACCUCGAAACACAUAUCAAUCUGCCAUGGGUAAGCAAGCGAUGGGCAUAUACUUGACUAACUUCCAAGUGCGGAUGGAUACGAUGGCGAACAUUCUUUAUUAUCCACAGAAACCGCUAGCGACAACGCGUUCGAUGGAGUACCUCAAAUUCCGAGAGCUUCCAGCUGGCCAAAAUGCCAUCGUAGCCAUUCUCUGCUAUUCUGGAUACAAUCAAGAAGAUUCCGUUAUUAUGAACCAGUCCUCCAUUGAUCGAGGUCUCUUCCGGAGUAUAUAUUAUCGCUCAUACACAGACAUGGAGAAAUCUACCGGUGUUGUGCCGAUCGAAGAGUUCGAGAAGCCGCAUCGCGAUACUACAGUCAGGAUGAAACACGGUACGUACGAGAAGCUGGAAGCUGAUGGCCUAGUCGCACCUGGCAUUGGUAUCAAUGGCGAGGACAUUAUUAUUGGGAAGACAGCACCACUCCCUCCGGAUUCGGAAGAGCUUGGUCAGAGAACGCGAACGCACACACGCCGUGAUGUUUCGACACCUCUCAAGAGUACUGAAAACGGCAUUGUCGAUCAAGUACUCCUCAGCACGAACGAAAACGGUGUCAAAUUCGUUAAAGUCCGCAUUCGCUCUACGCGUAUACCUCAGAUUGGCGAUAAGUUUGCAUCUCGUCACGGUCAAAAGGGUACGAUCGGCAUGACUUAUCGACAGGAGGACAUGCCAUUUGCAGCGAACGGUAUUACCCCCGACAUUGUCAUCAAUCCACAUGCUAUUCCUUCACGCAUGACAAUUGGCCACUUGGUCGAAUGUUUGCUGAGCAAGCUUGCUACCUUGAUCGGGAACGAAGGUGAUGCAACCCCGUUCACAGAUCUAACAGUCGAAUCAGUCUCAUCCCUCCUGCGCAACAAAGGAUAUCAGCAACGUGGACUCGAAGUCAUGUAUCACGGCCAUACUGGUCGCAAACUGCAAGCUCAGGUCUACUUGGGCCCAACCUACUACCAGCGAUUAAAGCACAUGGUCGACGAUAAGAUUCACGCUCGUGCCCGUGGACCAGUUCAGAUCAUGACGAGACAACCAGUCGAAGGUCGUAGCAGGGAUGGCGGUCUUCGUUUCGGGGAGAUGGAGCGCGAUUGCAUGAUCUCGCACGGUGUUGCAUCCUUUUUGAAGGAAAGGAUGUUCGAUCAGAGUGACGCUGCACGUUUGCAUGUCUGUGAUAUUUGUGGGUUAGCGUCCAUUGCAAACCUGAAGAAGCAGACGUUCGAAUGUCGGGCAUGCAAGAACAAAACGCGCUCUACUCAAUUCUAUAUUCCGUACGCGGCGAAGCUUCUUCUACAAGAACUUCAGGCGAUGAACAUCGCACCACGCAUGUAUGCGACCUCCACUGGAAGGACACGCCAGUCAGCGAUGAAUGGCAUAUAGAAUAGUUAAUUAUGUAUGCUGUAUGUGAUAGUUACGUUUUACGUGCAUGAUCACACUGGG